ACGAACAGGCCGAGUCAGUUGAGUGUGAGUCAUUGAAGCGAGAAGUUUGAAGUGAUGUUUACCGAAUGUUUGGCUUUCAGCGCGUUUAUUCAAAGUGUAGGGUGUCUUCAUUGUUCAACAUUGAGUGCAACUGUGAAAGCAGCUCGGAGACGUCUGGAAAGGUGAAAGAGCAGAGUGGCGGAGAAUCGGUGGCGGAAUCGGCGCAAAAUCUGUCGGCGAAUUCGGCCUACUUCACGACGUCCGAGUGCAAGGCCCGUCUGCUGGCGCUCUGCAACAACCAGCCACACUCCACUAUUGGGCCCAACGACAACUUGUACCAGAAAAAGGAGGAGCUGAUGUGCCGACUGAGCCGCAAGCUGGCUGUGCUGCGGGAGGAGGCGGUAGCGGUUGUGGAGGAGACGGCACUCAACGAGACGCUGGGCGAUGCGGUUGCGGCGCGAACCGCAGCUGCGGGCGCCAGGCCGCACGAGCUGGCCAAGUUGCGGCUACACAUCAGGGAGGUCGGCCACAUUACACAGUUGCUGCUCGGUCUUAGUGGCCGAUUGGCCCGCGCCGAGAACGCACUGCUUGGCAUGGAGGACAAUCAUUGCGAGAGGAAAAUUCUGGAAGAAAAACGCGAUAAGCUGCGCGCGCAGCUGGAGGAAGCGAAACAGCUGAAAGUGAGCAUAGACCGGCGCAGUGGAAGUGUCUCAACAAUGCUCUACAAGUAUCUGUCAGCUGACGAGUAUGCUGACUACGAUCACUUCAUCGGCAUGAAGGCCAAACUCCUUAUCGACUCUCGGGAGAUCGACGACAAAAUCAAACUUGGCGAAGAACAGUUGGCAGCCCUGAAAGAGAUGUUGAAUGAGACUACUACUGCUAGGUGAUUGUGAUUGACAACAGGAGAUGUUGAAUGGGAAACCUAUGACAACCGAUCGCGUCUGGUUUUAUCGCUAUCUCGCUUGAAGAGAGAGGAAUUCUCGCAUCUAUUGUGAAGUUGUGGCCUCCAUUCUGAUGGUUGAAAGGAUAUCGAAUUGAAACAAACACGAAAACUCCCCCAAUUAUGUUAGUUUCAAUAUGGUAGCAUUGAAUAUAGAGAACUGUUGUUCUCCCUUUCGAAUGACAAAACUUUGAUAAGAGAUUUGAAUAGUUCACCAACUUUUUUCUACUAAUGCUACAGAAUUAGCUAAACAGAUCAAAUCAUAUAAAUAUAGCCUUUAUCUUCUAAUAGUAAUACUGCUAAAUCUACUAGGCAUGCUCUUCAUAUUUUGCAAAGUCGAUGAAAUUGAAUUGCAUUGGAAUCAACUCAUUUUUAACUUUAUUGAUAUUAAAGUUGAAAUGUAAUUGAAUUUUUUGCACUUUAAUGCUGUUCAUUUUUCAGAGAAAAGCGAGUCAUUAUCACUUUUUGUCUUCUGUUGCUUCAUUCAGUAAAUUAUAUUUCAUAUUUUGAAAGCAUAAAAAACCAACAUAAUUGGGUGAGUUCCAGUGAUUUCCUUACAUGAGGAGUGCGUUUGAAUCAUCUAGCUCCACUAAAGCAAAGAAAGAUCAAACCUUACAUGAGUGCUUAUGAGUUUCAGAUUCAAUUCAAAAAUUAAUAAGUAGAUGUUUUAUUUCGAAAACUUAUUAAUUUGUAACAUAAUUUGCAAUGUGUAAUAGAAUAUUGAUCAAACGUUUUCAAUUAUUUUCUUCAAUUCUAUGAUCAUUAGGUGGUAAAUUCGGAAAAAGGGAGGAAAAUUGAGAAAAUUGUAAUUGGGGCACCGUAUUUAGAAAAACUAGAUGACAAGGAAAUUUUUGGUUUAUUCAUUUUCCAAGCAUAUCAAAAAAAUUUUCAAGCAUUAACUUAUGGUGUGUAAACGAAUUAAACUAUUACAUACUAACAUGUUUUAUAAAGAUUUCUCCCAUACAUAGGCCUAUAUCAAAUUAUAUAGGUAGCGUAUCAUAAAAUUUUGAAAUUGAUAUUUAUUUUAAUAUGUAAACGUUACUUACUCUUUGUGGAACAAUCUUAUGAAAUAGUAGGCUAAAAUUUAUCUACACCCUCUAUUUAAAUUGUUCCAAUUGCAAUGUUCUCAAUACAUCUCUCUUAUUUCUUCACAAAAAAUGAAUUAUUGUAAUUAUUUAUGAGUUGAAUAAUGGCAGUACUGAAACAAUAAUUAUGAGGUUAGUAAAAAAAUACCUCGGAACAUUCUAACUAGUCCAUGCCAAUUUAUUGCCAUGAUAUUGUUUUUUUAUGACUGUUCAUAGCACCUUAAUUAAUUUUAGCGACUUGUUGGUUAUGAAAUGUAUUGUUUGUAAAAUUUCUAGAUUGUUUAUUUGUAUUAUUUCUGUAUCUGUGUUAUUAAGGUACCAUGCUAAGUGAAUAGGGCCGGCCGUUUUGGUACUUUAUUUGUGUAUUGUUAGUGAUCUAAUAGCUUGAUAAACCAUCACAUAGGCCUAACGUACUAAUAUAAUAGUGAUAAAUCAUAUUCUAAAUAGAUAAUAAUAUUCAAAUAUCAAAUGGACAAUACUCUAUGUGUCUCACUGUAAUGGAAAAAGGAUUCUAUUUUAACCUAGGAUAACUUCAAUCAUUGAAGUAUACUUGUAAUCAAUUGGAAAUAAAUAAACCCAUUUUCAAUGAAAAUACAUGGAAAAAAUGAUGAAAUCAACUGUUGAAUCUAGAGCUCUGAUGAUAUACAAACUUGAUGAUCAACUUUUAGCUAUAAAUCAAAGUAAAUAUGUUAUUAGUUUAAAGAAUUCUGUUAUUCUUGAAAUUCAAUCAAUUUCUCAUUUGAUUAGCAAUGCACCACAUCUCUGCAACAAUUUUUACUUCAAUUACAAAGCCCAAUGGAUCCAUUAAGUACCCGAAUAAUCGACAUUCAUCAGUUCUUCAUACUAAUUUACUAUUUUCAAAUAAUAUGAUAUCCUACUAAAUUUACUAGCUUUUUCUACUGUAUGCAUUUUAAUAUUUUAUAUACAUAAAUCUUCCUUCUCUAUUCAUAACCCUUACUAUUUUUAAACCAUAUUUACAAUAUUAUGGUCGAACCUGCCAAUUAUUAGAUUUCCUCACCUCAACGUCCCUUCUCAUCACCCUAUAAAUAAACGAAUUUAUUAAAAAUUGAAUAUUGACAGGAUCAUUAUACUAGUACAUAAUCAAUACAUUUUCUUUCCAUUUUCUACAAUAGACUAUUCCAUACUACCAGGUGAUAUUUUUAUAUUUUGGCAUAAGUGCAUCAGUAAUUUCUUUUCAAUUCCGAAAAACCCAUAUUUUUGGCUUUAAUCAUCACCAAUAGUUAGUUCUUGGUCCUUUCAUUGAGAUUUCACACAGAUUCCUGGCAUCAGAAUCACCCUUUUUAUCCCCUGAAUUAUAAUAUUUCCUAGUGGAAGAAGGUAAUAUAAGAACCUAUCAAGGCUCAAAACUAUAAACACCAACACAAUUUCUGUUUUUAAGAUCAUCUUUCUUCCUGUUGACUCGGGGAUGAUUCAACAGUUGAAGAAAGUUUUCUUGCUGUUGAUAAAUUUUUGCAAAAUAAUUAAUCUUUCAUGGUAGCAACACCUCUUAUCAUUUGAUGACUGCGCACCAAGCAUUGUCUCAAAUGUCCAAGACGGAUGUUGCACUGGAGAGCUAAAUAUACACAAACAUUCUUUUCAUAAGGAAUGUUUGGUUGUAAAAAUUAUAGAGGAAUUUUCAGAAACUGGAAGGAGAAUCGUUGAUAUAGGCCUACCCACUAGAGAACAGGAUGCCCAAAAAGUAGAAAUCUGAAUAAUCGACAAGUUAAAUUUACUACCUAAUAAUCGAACAGUGUUAAAUUUAUAGUAGUUAUUUUAUCUCUAGCUUAGAUCCCUAAUUUUCAGAUUAAUUACCGAAAAUUAUUAGCUGCUACUUGUUUGUUCAAAGUACUCUUGAAUUUUUCUAAUAAUAGCUAAAAAAAGAAUGGUUUCAUGAAUAACAGAAGAAAUUUUGAAUAGAAAAUAUAUAUAUUAUUCAGAUAAUUAGAAACUAAAGCUUUAGAUUAAAUUUAUCUGAUCAUAUUUUUUAAAUGUAUGAAUUUAGGGCUACUUUCUUGUAUCAAUAAAAUAGAAUUAUAGUACCCUUUAAAAUUAAUAAAAUAAUAAUAAUAAAAUGAUUAGUAAACAUUAAUUUAUAACCUGACGAUGGUGUGAUCACCGAAACUAGUGCCUAGUUACGUUACAAUUUGUAUUAUUGUUUUAUUAAUUUUAAAAGGUACUAUAAUUCUAUUUUAUUAAUUAUCUGAUCAUACCUCGACUAUUCCACUUAUUAUUUCAUAAGUAAUAAUAUCUCAAACAUUCCUAGCAAACUACGAAGUACUUAUUGGAGCUCUAAUGAUUUACAGGACAUAUUUUGAAAUAGAAGUAGAUAAAUUUUUACAUACCGUAUUUUGGGUUUAUUACUGAAAAACACAAAUUUAUACUUGCAAUAUUAAUACAUUGUGCAAUGUUGUGUAAUUGAAAUGAAAAACUUCUUUAUUGGGCGAAGUUAGGACUUUUCAGCCCUCUCUACCACUCAAACUCAAAAUCACUGGACAGGAUGUUGAUUAGUGAACAGGAUAUAUUCAGCCAUAGUUUAAUGAAAAUCUUGUUUUUGUAAUAUUGUUUUCAGUAUAAUUAUGUAAUUAUGAUUAUUGUUUCUAAUUGAUCGAUGUGAUUGUUGGUAAUUUUAAGAUGAUUGGUAAAGUUUUGAAAUGUAUAGGUAAUUAAUAAAAUUGUACCUAACAAGUUUAUGUUUAGUGGCAACACCACGGUUGCUGACUUCUACACUGUAGCAUUGUUAGAUAUUUUAUUUUCAUAUGUGUGUAAUAUUUUGUAAAUACUCGAUAAGCAUAAAGGUGCUCUUCAAUUGAAAAA